CAUUCCCCUGUGUGGGUGGUGCGGCUGCAGGUAUCUGUGGGGGUCCCGCAUUCCUCUGUGUGGGUGGUGCGGCUGCAGGUAUUUGUGGGGGUCCUGCAUUCCUCUGUGUGGGUGGUGCGGCUGCAGGUAUUUGUGGGGGCCCCACAUUCUCUGUGUGGGUGGUGCGGCUGCAGGUAUUGGUGGGGUCCCGCAUUCCCCUGUGUGGGUGGUGCGGCUGCAGGUAUUUGUGGGGGUCCCGCAUUCCUCUGUGUGGGUGGUGCGGCUGCAGGUAUCUGUGGGGGUCCCGCAUUCCUCUGUGUGGGUGGUGUGGCUGCAGGUAUCUGUGGGGGGUCCCGCAUUCCUCUGUGUGGGUGGUGUGGCUGCAGGUAUCUGUGGGGGUCCCGCAUUCCUCUGUGUGGGUGGUGCGGCUGCAGGUAUCUGUGGGGUCCCCAUUCCUCUGUGUGGGUGGUGCGGCUGCAGGUAUCUGUGGGGGUCCCGCAUUCCUCUGUGUGGGUGGUGCGGCUGCAGGUAUCUGUGGGGGUCCCCAUUCCUCUGUGUGGGUGGUGCGGCUGCAGGUAUUUGUGUGGGGGGUCCCCCAUUACUCUGUGUGGGUGGUGCGGCUGCAGGUAUUGGUGGGGGUCCCGCAUUCCUCUGUGUGGGUGGUGCGGCUGCAGGUAUUGGUGGGGGUCCCGCAUUCCUCUGUGUGGGUGGUACAGCUGCAGGUAUCUGUGGGGGUCCCCCAUUCCUCUGUGUGGGUGGUGCGGCUGCAGGUAUCUGUGGGGGGUCCCCAUUCCUCUGUGUGGGUGGUGCGGCUGCAGGUAUUGGUGGGGGUCCCGC